AUGAGCACUGCGUCUCCUGCCGCAGCUGUCCCGCUCUGCUACGAGCACCUGAACGGAUCCUGUGUGAAAACCCCCUACUCGCCAGGUCCCCGCCUCAUCCUCUACACGGUGUUCAUCUUUGGAACUGUGCUGGCUGUAUUUGGAAACCUCUUGGUAAUGAUUUCCAUUCUCCACUUCAAGCAGCUGCAUUCUCCUACCAACUUCUUGAUCGCCUCCCUGGCCUGUGCGGACUUCUUGGUGGGAGUGACCGUGAUGCCCUUCAGCACAGUGAGGUCCGUGGAGAGCUGCUGGUACUUUGGGCAGCGUUACUGUCAACUCCACUCUUGUUUUGAAGGCUCAUUCUGUUACGCUUCCAUCUACCACUUGUGCUUUAUCUCUCUGGACAGGUACAUUGCCGUCUCUGACCCCCUGGUCUAUCCAGCCAGGGUCACUGUGUCUGUUUCUGGCUUGUGUAUUGCCUUCUCCUGGCUCUUCUCGAUUAUCUUUUCUUUUUCCCUUCUUGGCACAGGAGCAAAUGCAGCUGGCCUGGAGGAUCUAGUAAGUGCUCUCACCUGUGUGGGAGGCUGUCAAAUUGCAGUCAAUCAGAGUUGGGUAUUGGUGGAUUUUCUAUUAUUUUUCAUCCCCACUCUUGUGAUGAUAGUUCUUUAUUCCAAGAUUUUCCUCAUUGCUAAACAGCAGGCUAGACAAAUUGAGAGUCUGAGCAAUAAGACUGGGAGAUGCUCAGACAGCUACCAAGGCAGAGUGGCCAAGAGGGAGAGAAAGGCUGCAAGAACGCUGGGCGUCGCAGUGCUGGCGUUUCUGGUCUCCUGGCUGCCUUACUUCCUAGAUUCCAUCAUUGACGCCUUCCUAGGUUUCAUCACUCCCACCCAUCAAACUCAUUGUCACUGGCAAAGUCUUGAGAGAGAAUUCCUCAACAGUAAAUUUAUUUUCCGGGAGCCUGGUCUUCAUUUGAGGUCUCUGCUCUUUCACAGCAAUGAGGGGGCAUCCUUUGCAUUCUUCCUCGUGGUGGUGGAACAUUCACCCCCCAACCUCCCAGAAACCCCCAAAGGUCAUCAGAUUGUACCAGUCUUGCCUCCCCCCAAUAUUGUCAACACUGGCACAGGGUCCUUCUUCCUUUUUGCUUCUUAA